AUUCUAUUCUUAGUUUUUUAUAAGCACUUCGCAAUACCCAUAAUCCACAGCUGAAAAGAAAAACUGAAAUACAGCACAAACCCCAUCAUUUCAAAAGCAAAAGCAAAAGAAGAGAGAGAGAAUACACAAACCCAAGAGAGAGAAAAAGCAACAAACCCAGAAAGAAAGGAAGAAGAAGAAGAAGAAGAACAGAGGAAAAUACAAGGAAUUUCAAAGAAGAAGAAAAAGGGUUUUGUGGGUUAAGACGAUGCAGACCGAACAAGCUCAGCAGCAGCAACAAUUAAUGGUGCAGAACAACACAGGAAGCUUAAGCUUCAGCAGCCAUUUGUCCAAGGAAGAUGAAGAGAUUUCCAGGUCGGCUCUCUCCACUUUCCGAGCUAAAGAAGAGGAGAUCGAGAGGAAGAAGAUGGAAGUCAGAGAGAAAGUUCAAGCACAGUUAGGCCGAGUCGAAGAAGAAACCAAACGCCUCGCUUGCAUCCGUGAGGAACUUGAGGCGUUGGCAGAUCCAAUGAGGAAGGAAGUGGCACAGGUUCGUAAAAAGAUCGAUGCCGUAAACAAGGAAUUAAAGCCUCUAGGACAUACCUGUCAAAAGAAGGAAAAAGAGUACAAGGAAGCUCUCGAAGCCUUUAAUGACAAGAACAAGGAAAAAGUUCAGCUCAUCACGAAAUUAAUGGAGCUGGUGAGUGAAAGUGAGAGGUUGAGGCUGAAGAAGCUGGAGGAGCUGAGUAAGAACAUAGAUACGAUUCGGUAACUGAAUUGAUUGAUUGAUUGAUUGAUUGGAGCGACGGAUGACAAAGUGAUAACCCUCUGUUUAUUAGGCUUUUGGUGUGUGAUGUAUUUAAUAUAAAGAAGAAAAAGGACUUGUUUGUGUAUUUAUUGAAAUCUGGGUGUUCUCUGUGUUUUGGGUGUUAUUUUUAUAAUUUGUCUUUGUUUGUUUAUUUUUCCUCUAGAGAAGUUACUCAGAAACAUUUAACUGAUUUUAGGAAGGGAAUUGCCCUAUAAACAGGUUUGUAACUGAUCUCCCCCUUUGUUUUUCUUUA